UUAUCUCGCAACUAAGCCAACACAAUCUACUUUUAAAAGACGUAGCAACCCAACAAAGAUCUAGUUGCACAGCCACUAUGAAGGUGCUGGUGGUUGUCUUGGCCGUGCUCUGCGGCACGGCUUUUGCCUACAAAAGCUACGAAGGAUACCAUGUCCUGAAGACGAAGCCCCUGGCGAAGGAGGACCUGCGCAAGUUCGACGCCCUGCGCAGCGAUCCGACCUUCAACUUCUGGGUCUUCCCUGAGGUGGGUCACGCCGUUGAAAUCAUGGUGCCGCCGGCAAAUGUGAGCUUGCUCCACAGCAGGCUGCAAAGAUACGGGCUGGAGCCAACAGUUGUCAUCGAAAACGUCGAAGAGAUUGUUGCAAAUGAGAGAGCCGAAAUCGAGGCCUUGAGGCGAGCGGAAAAAUUGAGCGGAAGGGCGCCGAGCUUUGACAGAUUUUUGGACCUUUCUGAGCUCUUUGCCUACCUUGACGAGGUAGUCACCAAUUACCCUGAGAUUGCAUCCAUUAUCGAUAUCGGAACCUCCUUCGAAGGCAGGCCCCUGAGAGUGCUAAAGCUGUCCAACGGCCCCGGUAAAUCUGGCCUCUUCAUCGAGUCUGUGAUUCACGCUCGCGAGUGGAUCGGGCCGCCCACCCUUCUGUACGCCAUCAACGAGCUGACCGAAAACUUGGCCAACAAUCAAGCCAUGCUGGACAAGAAUGACUUCUAUUUCCUUCUUGCGACUAACCCCGACGGAUACGAAUACACUUGGACCACUGACCGUUUCUGGAGGAAAACUCGCAAACCAAAUCCUGGCUCGAGCUGCGUUGGAACCGACCCAAACAGGAACUUCGAUUGGAAGUGGGGAGGUGGUGGUGUUCCCGGGCCCUGCGACGAAACCUACCCUGGAACCGGUCCUCUCUCUGAAAUUGAGUGCAAGUCUUAUGCUGAUUUCUUGGUCGCUACCCCUAGCAUCAACAUGGUUAUUUCCAUUCACAGCUAUGGCCAAAUGCUCCUCUAUUCGUGGGGAGACACUAAUGAGCUUCCUCCCAACGUUGGAAUUUUGGACAGCAUCGCCACUGCAGCAAUUGACGCCUUGUCCGCUGUUCGAGGCACCACUUAUGACAUCGGAUCGAUCGCAAACACUAUUUACCUCGCUUACGGAGGAACCAUUGACUGGGUGCUCGGCGUCCUUGGCAAGCAAGCCUACGCAUUCGAGCUGCCGGGAGGAGGCUUGGCUGGCUUCAACCCUCCAGCCUCGGCUAUCAUUCCUGUGGCCACCGAGACCUGGGAGGCCUUUAAGGUCUUUGCCGAGAACAUUCCCCCCUUGUAAAGAAAUUAUACUCAACUUAAUAAAUGAGAUUUAAUCUGAUUAAAA